AUCGUCCAGUAGUCCACAUUUUUUGUUUCUUCACUGUGAUCCACAAAACACUUCUGGUGGCUUAGGCUUGGCCAUAAUUUGCCACCUCUCCUCUUUGAUUCUUCCCGGUACACCACAUUCAACUCAUUUAUCAUCACAAAUAAAAGAUAAAAGAAAUGGCAACACACACUCUCAUCUCUUCAUCAUCCAUUGCCUCUUCAGCUUCAAGACAGAUACUUGGUGGAAGAUGGCCUGUCAACUCACCCAGGAAGCCUACCUUUCUGGUCAGGGCUGCUUCUACUCCUCCUGUUAAGCAAGGUGCAAAUAGGCCGCUUUGGUUUGCAUCCAGGCAGAGUCUGAGCUACUUGGAUGGAAGCCUCCCUGGAGACUAUGGGUUUGACCCACUGGGACUAUCAGACCCUGAAGGACAAGGAGGUUUCAUGGAGCCAAAAUGGCUCGCAUAUGGAGAGAUCAUCAAUGGCCGGUACGCCAUGUUAGGGGCAGCAGGGGCUAUAGCACCAGAGAUUCUCGGGAAGGCUGGCCUCAUUCCAGCUGAAACUGCCCUCCCCUGGUUCCAAACUGGAGUCAUCCCACCUGCAGGAACAUACAACUAUUGGGCUGACCCUUACACACUGUUUGUGUUUGAGAUGGCUCUGAUGGGGUUUGCUGAGCACAGGAGGUUGCAGGACUGGAAUAACCCGGGUUCGAUGGGAAAACAGUACUUCUUGGGGUUAGAGAAAGGGCUAGGUGGGUCAGGUGACCCAGCCUACCCUGGUGGUCCCAUCUUCAACCCGCUCGGCUUCGGGGAAGAUGCAAAGUCAAUGAAGGACUUGAAGGUUAAGGAAAUCAAGAAUGGAAGGCUGGCUAUGUUGGCUGUUUUGGGCUACUUCGUCCAAGCUUUGGUGACCAGAGUUGGACCUUACCAGAACCUUUUAGAUCAUUUGGCUGAUCCUGUAAACAAUAACAUCUUUACCAACCUCAAACUGCACUAAAACUUCUCUAUGUACACAUACUAUCUGUAAUCAGUAAAAUAUCUGUUAUCAGCGGAUGUAUUACUUUGAACACCUUUAUUUCAUUCACACUUAAAGUUGAUGCUUUCAAUUCUGAAGUAUACUGGUUUUGUUUGGCAGCGUUAUUUUUCUUUUUUGUCAAACAAGCUGAUAAGUCAGGUGAUAAUUGAUAAUAGG